CUGUGCGCGUGUGCGUGUGCGCGCGGUGUUCCAGGUGCAGGAUGAGCGCGCAGGUGAAGGCGGCUGGGCGGGAACACCUGUACAAGGUGCUGGUGAUCGGAGAGCUGGGCGUGGGCAAGACGUCCAUCAUCAGACGCUACGUGCACCGCAGCUACUCCAGCAACUACCGCGCCACCAUCGGCGUGGACUUCGCGCUCAAAGUGCUGCCGUGGGACGCAGACACGGUGCGCCUGCAGCUGUGGGACAUCGCAGGUCAGGAGCGUUUCGGCAACAUGACGCGCGUCUACUACCGCGAGGCCGUGGGCGCCUUCAUCGUGUUCGACGCCACACGGCCGACCACCUUGGAGGCGGUGGCCAAGUGGAAGUCGGACCUGGACGCCAAGCUGACGAGGGCAGACGGGCGCGGUGUGGCCGCCGUGCUGCUGGCCAACAAGUGCGACCACGGGCGCGAGAUGGGCGGCGGCGUCAAGAUGGAGCAGUUCUGCAGAGACCACGGCUUCGCGGGCUGGUUCCAGACCUCCGCCAAGGACAACCUCAACAUCAACGAGGCGGCCAUCUUCCUGGUCAAGCACAUCAUGGCGAGCGAGCACAACGUGCCGAGGACAGCAGCACCCGACACCGUCACGCCGCGCCUCCACCGCCGCCAAGACCCCGCCAGCUGCUCGGGCUGCCUCAAGUGAUGCCAGGACGCGUCUGGGGGGGACCCAGGAGGGACGGACAGGAAGUGACGCGAUGUUCAGCGGAGGUGCAACCCCCCCCACUCUCCGGCGUCCUCACAAACGGAUCGUCAAUCACCUGACAUUUUGCACACCUUUAAUGUCCAAAUCCUCAUUUUAACUUAUUUGCUUACCACUGACUGUGCUUGUUCAUCUUCCGUGUCUGUUUCCAUGGCAACCAUUAUUCAAUCGUUAGCCUUCCGAACAUUAGCAUGCUAGCUUUUCUGCUAAUUACGCAGGUACACGCCUGGGUGUCAAACUAAAAUUAUACCUGUUAGCAUGCUAACAGUAGCAUGCUAGCUUUUUAAAAAAUCAUUUAACAGGUACACACCACAGAGUAAUAUAUUUUGGUACUUAGUUAGAAUUUUAGCAUGCUACAUUAGCAUGCUAGCUUUUUUAGAUCAUUUAACAGGUACUCACCUCAGAGUAAUAUAUUUUGGUACUUACAGUUACAAUUUUAGCAUGCUAGCUUAUUUUUUUAGAUCAUUUAACAGGUAGACACCACAGAGUAAUAUAUUUUGGUACUUAGUUAGAAUUUUAGCAUGUUAACAUUAGCAUGCUAGCUUUUUUAGACAAUUUAACAGGUACUCACCCCAGAGUAAUAUAUUUUGGUACUUAGUUACAAUUUUAGCAUGCAAACAUUAGCAUACUAGCUUUUUAAAUCAUUUAACAGUUACUCACCACAGAGUAAUAUAUUUUGAUACUUACAGUUAGAAUUUUAGCAUGCUAACUUUUUUCCAAUCAUUUAACAGGUACACAUCACAGAGUAAUAUAUUUUGGUACUUAGUUAGAAUUUUAGCAUGCUAGCUUUUUUAGACAAUUUAACAGGUACUCACCUCAGAGUAAUAUAUUUUGGUACUUACAGUUAGAAUUUUAGCAUGCUACCAUUAGCAUGCUAGCUUUUUUUUUUAGAUCAUUUAAGAGGUACUCACCUCAGAGUAAUAUAUUUUGAUACUUACAGUUAGAAUUUUAGCAUGUUAACAUUAGCAUGCUAGCUUUUUUAGAUCAUUUAACAGGUACUCACCUCAGAGUAAUAUAUUUUGGUACUUACAGUUAGAAUUCUAGCCUUAGCAUGCUAGCUUUUUUAGAUCAUUUAACAGGUACUCACCUCAGGGUAAUAUAUUUUGGUACUUAGCUAGAAUUUUAGCAUGCUAACAUUAGCAUGCUAGCUUUUUUUUUAGAUCAUUUAACAGUUACUCACCACAGAAAAAUAUAUUUUGGUACUUACAGUUAGAAUUUUAGCAUUAUGUGGUCACUUUGUUGUCCUUGUUUUGGACAUGAUAUUGUUGUCUUGUUCUAGGGUUGUAGUUUGUAAUCAGAUUAUUCAUCAAUGUGUAU